AGAGCAAGCUGUCAGCAGCAGGAAGCAGCUCAACAACAACAAGGGAAGCGAGUGCAUUUUGUUUUUUGUGCAUUUUGGGACAAUUUGCCUCCUACUUUGAGUCGAGCAGGUGUCUACUUGAACAUGCACUCAACGACGCGCAGGUGAAAACAAAAUCUGCUAAUUCAAGUUCUUCUCCAAAGCAACUUUUUAAGCCAUCUGGAAGAUUUUUAUUUUUUUUUUUUGCUUUAGCUAAAGAUAGUUUUGAAAUCUUUGUUAAAAAAAAAAAUGUCUCGCAAGAAGGCAGCCAAAGGUAAAGCAGCGACCAGCAGCAGCAGCAGCAGCCCGUCUGCAGGAGGAGGCAGCCCGGCCGGGAAGACAGCGAAGAGCAGCCCGUUGAAGAGCAGCCGCAGCCCGGCGGGCAUCGUGCAGAUGAACGGUGUGGUCCAUCCAUGCAGACCCUCCAUCAGCACCAGCAGCGAGUUCUAUGACAUCGCUUUCAAGGUGAUGCUGGUUGGAGACUCUGGCGUGGGGAAAACGUGCCUACUGGUCCGUUUUAAAGACGGAGCUUUCCUGGCUGGCAGCUUCAUCUCCACUGUGGGCAUUGACUUCAGGAAUAAAGUCCUGAACAUUGAUGGAGUCAAGGUGAAGCUGCAGAUCUGGGACACAGCUGGACAGGAGCGCUUCCGCAGUGUCACUCAUGCCUACUACCGUGACGCCAAUGCUUUGCUUCUGCUGUAUGACGUCACCAACAAAACAUCCUUUGACAACAUACAGGCAUGGCUGACUGAGAUCCAUGAGUACGCCCAACAGGAUGUGGUGCUCAUGCUGCUUGGAAACAAGGCUGAUGCCACUCAUGAGAGGGUGGUGAAGAGAGAAGAUGGCGAGAGGCUUGCAAAGGAGUUUGGAGUUCCCUUCAUGGAGACGAGCGCCAGGUCAGGUCUCAAUGUAGAGCUGGCUUUCACUGCUGUGGCAAAGGAGCUGAAGCACCGGUCUAUGAAGGAUCCCAGUGAGAAGUUUAAGCUUUCAGAGUACGUUAACAAGGAGAUGAAGAGCACAGGUUGCUGCAGGUCUUAAAGCCUGCCCUAAGCCAUUCUCUGGAUCUGAGUGAGUGUGUGUAUUUAUGUGUGUGUGUGUGUGUGUGUGUGUGUGUCACUCAUGUUCAUAUCGUAGGUGUUCAUAUCUGGCCCGAUCAGAGAUAAGGAGUCAGCUCCAGCGAGGUAUAAAUCGUUUUGCCCUUCUGUUUCUCCACUCUCGAACCUCCCUGUCUCAGUCUACACAACCUCCAUCUGUUGUCCUGCACUCAUCUCUCUACCCUACUCUAUUUCGUAUGUCCUGCUUUUCCUCUUCCACCUCCUUCUUCAGCUGUGACUGUAGCCCUAGGUUGUUAGUUAGACACCGCACCUCAGACAGUUAUUAACCUAUUAAUGGACAUUUUCUUCCAUAACUGUAGCUGCAUGGUAUUUUGAACCCCAGCAUUGAAUCGGACACCUACCUUUGCUUUACCUUGUGUGGUUAUUUUACUGUGAAAGGGAUUUAGUCGCACCUACAGAAUUUAUGGUCAUGUUCUUGUAAAGCCAUUUAUUUCUCACAUCCAUUUAAAAUGUCAGCGCCAGUCGACAUUUUGUUUGAAUGUUGUCUUGUUUGCAGCGUCUGGAUGAAUGUUCAUAUAAUAGAUGUAUAGUGCUCAGUCCAUGGUUCAGUGUUCAUGUCCGUAAUUCAACAGGCUCUUUAGGAGCCAGUUUAGCUCACCAGCAUAAACUCAAUCCAAGCAUUUCCAUGAUUCAGCUGUGGAUAUUUGGGAAUGUUUUACUUCUAGCAAUUGAUGUUGCCAUUUUGUAUACAAGGAUAUGAAGUAAGUAAUAGCAUCAUUACCCAUAACCAAUUAUUCUUUUAAUAGAUUUUAAUUCAUGCUAAAUGCGAAGUAUAAAGUAGUUUAAAGGUAUAAUAUGCAAGAAUUUCCUAAAAGAUAAUCCCUCUCAAUCAUCACUUAUGACCCGCUAGAAGCAUGUGGUGGUGUCUGUAUCCACAGAGACCCUGCAACCCUCUGCCUGUAUUUUCUCAUUUCUUCUUAUUGUAAUGUGUACUGGACUUUUCUGGGCGACUGCAAAGAGCCUUUCGGCCCCACGUGGGGGUGAAACCCCCAGCCAAUAACAGCACACAGGUAGUGGUGCAACAAGGCAUGUAUUUGUGUUUGUAUUGCAUUUUUUGGGUCACGGUUUCGGUUUGCUUUGUUUUGCCCAUUAGGUAGAAGAAAACAACCAUUUCUAAUGUGUUGUAAAUUGAUUGAUAGUAAUAAAUAAUAGCAUAUUUCUAUAUUAUACUAAUGAAUUAUAUUUGUAUAUUAUAUGAAGCCAAACACAGAUUUUAUACAUGAAAUAAGGCAGGCCUCUUAAUGGUCAAGUAGGCCUAUGUUCAGAUAAUUGCCUCUUCUAUGUCUGUGGCAAAUCAUCAAAUAAUUAGCUGGCCUGUAUUUAAUAGUGGUGCAACGGUUCAAGAAGCCCACGGUUCGGUUGGUACAGCCAUUGAACGGUUCAGUUUUUUAUGGUUCGGUUUUGCAUCCCUAGUGUGCAGCCCGUUCAGGUCGUCAUAUACCGCCCGUUAGUCCCCCUUUAGCUCUGUCAGAUAAAAAGCGGCCGUAUUUGACGGAUGAGAAUGGGUUUGUUACAUCGCUGCUAUCGGUUUGACCAAGAGCAGCGCCGAGCCACAGCCAGCAGGACAAAUCCUUCGGCUCCAUUCACUCAAAAUCCGGCAACGCGGCACCGUCCUGCAGGGUUGUGUGGAGGUCUUUGGAGGUGUGGUCAUGUUUGUUUGUGCUUUAAAAUGUAACCACCAUGAAACAAUCAGAAAAUAACGUUUUAUUUCUCUGAUUCGCUGCUUUUUUCUCACUAACGCCGCUCCCUCUCUUCAGUCACUCUACAGCUCGCUUUACCACCACUGCUCUUUCUCUCCCUCGCUCGCGAGUUAAGCCGAGGAGGAGGGGCCAACUUUGACUGCUAAGUGUUUACAAACUGUUACAUAUUAUACCUUUAAACAAACCUUCAGAAACGUGGCAAUGCAUGGGUCACAGAACCUAAAGCAUUUGGGGAUUUUUCCAAUAUUAAAGGAUCAAUGUUGAGUCUUGGAGAGCUCUAAUGCAACCUCUCUUCUUAAUAAUAUAUAUUAUUUAGUUUUUAAAUUAUUUAAAACAUGAUUUGACAAAUAUGAUGUAAAUACUAAACACUUUUUUUCUGCAUGUAAAAAAAAAAGUUUUGAUGGAGGAGAAUAGCACUUUAGAUGGUAAAUAAGAGUAUGGGUGGGGUUUAGGGGAGUAUUGGGGGGAAUAAAGACCUACAAUAUGUUGACAGUGUUGCCUAAGGUAUUGUAUACGACACACAGAUGUGUAUAUCUCUUUAUUUCAAAUGUUUUAUUUCUAUUCAAAUGUGCAAAAAUUAGUUGGCUGCUUUAUGUUUUGCUUUUAUUUUCUAUUCAUGAAUAUAUAAAUGGGGUAUAUAGUGCCAUGUUUUCUUAAAAACAUUUUUGACCGGUACGUUUCUUAUAAUCUGUUAACAGUAUUUAACCUGUUGUUAAUGAAAGAAGCAUAGGCCUCUUUUUAUAUGACUGUCGCUUUGGUAGACUUCAUCUCAGUCAUAGAAACUGGAUAUCUCCGUACAGUAUUUACUGUACAUUUUCAUGUUUUUCCAAUCUUGAUGUUCAGAGUAAUGUAUUGAUUUUUGGUUUUACUACUUUUCAAUGUGCAACUUCUUUCUUGUAACUGAAAGUUAACUACAAUAAAAAAGAAAAACAGA